AUGCGCGAGGACUUACAACAUUUGGCGGACACAAAAGCAUCACGUUCGUUACCAGUAUCGGAUGCAGACAUACGCGGUCUGGCACUUUUGGUAGUGCUCACUGCACGAGACGUCUACAAUGCGAAACUGGCUGGUGAUCCGACGUGCUCAUGGUUCUCGUUGGACUCUCCUGCGGACGUCAUGAAGCAUUUUGAACGAAAUCUGCCCCUAGAUGAGGUGUGUUGUAGGCUUCUAUAG